GCUAUCUGCACGGGGACCUUGAUGGCCUUCGCCACUGCAUCCUGUUUUCCCUCCUCCCGUCGUUAUCAUCAAUCCGGCAGCGGACACUCUGUCACCCUUUCCAUCUCCUCCUACAUCUUGGAUUGUUUCUUUUGGAUAAGGGACAAUUGGAAGUAUCCCACCACGGCUCUUUCCCUUCUUCGGCAAUAUCACCAUCUCCCCAGAUCGCAGCAAUGGGCAUAGGCAACACGGCCACCUCGAGCAGAAAGCGGAAGCAAGUCGAUGAUGAACCAACUGUUUCAGAUACCAAACAAGUAGCUACAUCCUCAAAGAAGUCCAAGAAGGACGAGUUGGCCCUGGUCACAGACGAGAAGCGACUACGCAGAUUCCGUGACAAAGCACCCCAAGCAUUUGCUGUCAUCUACGAACGAGCCACAACUCAACGCUUUUUUGUCCUCUCGCGUAAACGCAUACCCGUAUGGGACAGCUUGGAAGGCUUCGAAGAGGAGGUGGAAAUUGCAGGUUCGACAGGCAAUAUCUACACCGUGACAAUUGCCCGACAGCCGACAUGCACCUGCCCCAUGGGUGAGAAGAACGAGCAGUGCAAGCACAUCAUUUACGUACUGGCCCGAGUACUGCGUGCCAAGUACGAAUAUGUCUACCAACUGGCACUGCUAAGCUGCGAGCUCCAAGACAUCUUUAGCAAUGCCCCUCCGAUCGUGGAAGGGGACGGUGACAGUCUCACAACAGGCGAAGGAGACAAGAGGAGGAAGCCGAUUGAAGGGGAUUGCCCCAUCUGUUUCAACGAGAUGGAGGUACUCAAGCCCGAGGAAAUUGUUUGGUGCCGGGCGGCAUGCGGCCAGAACGUUCACAAGGAGUGCUUCGAGAUGUGGGCGGCUACAAAACGGAAGCAGGCUGGUGGAUCCAAGGCCGACGUCACUUGCCCGUACUGCAGGAGUGUCUGGGAAGGCGAUGAUGACUUGAUCAAGAUGAUCAAGAAGGGGAGGCCAACCUCGGAAGGAUACGUGAAUGUUGCUGACCAGUUGGGGAUUAGCCAAGUACGAGAUACCAGCACGUACUAUUAUGGGGGGUCACGGUCAGGGUACUACAACUAUGGCAAUAGGAGCAGACGGUACCGGCAUUAUUGAGGAAGUGCCAGCUUGGGUUUUAGGCAGGAAGAGAGUGUUGGCUGUCUGGCUGGCCGAUAUGCCGCCCAAACACCCCGCCUGCUUGAUUUUUGUACCAGUCCGGCUACAGGACACUCGCGAGGCCCGGGAGAGCAACGCGAAGUCCGUUCUGCGUUUGAUGAGAUUUCUUUUUUUUUUCUUUUUUUUUUUUCUUCUUUUCUAUGACCGCCUUGAAUGCAAAUUAUCCCCGCGCUGUAUCAGUAUACGACAGUCACGUAUUCAACACACAACAUAACGCAGCAUAUGAAAUUAUCAGCAUUCCUCAAUUUCACCCAACACUUCACUACAGCAUGAUGUAGGAGAGCCCGGUUCUCAAGGCCGCACCAUGUUCUUCCCGAUAAAGUCCUUCAUUCGCACAGUCAGGCUAACGAUGCGCGCCGCAUCGGUUACUUUCUCUUUUAUUAUCUUCGCAAUAACCAGCGUACUGGAUUUCGCUUGUCGUGAGGACACCGCCUAUCACCAAGCUGUCGACUACGUCCUCCAAGCAUUCCUCAAUAUGGAUUUGGACACAUUCGAACUCACUUACGUGGACACUGACGCCAACCUUGACGUCGGCCUUGGGUUCUACCUUCUAGUAUCCGUCACCGUUGCCGUGUUUGGGAGCAUUCUUUUCUAUUUGGCACGGUGGAAGUUUGGAGACCCGGGAAUUCAAGAAGAACUGCGUGGCUGCCCAAAUCUGCCUUCUCUUUUCAGAGGUGUCCACACCAGGUUCUUGAGACGAGGGUUUAUCGGUUGAAUGUAAUGGAAGUCGGCCAGAUGGAAGGUUUGUUAUUCCUCCACCCGAUCUUCAAUUCCGGUCUUGGUUAAAGAGAGGCUGUGAUGGGCUAAAAGGCGGACCGUGUUGUCCCAUGGGGCCGUCUAUGGCUAUCAGCAUGCCUUCACCCCAAUUCACCAUUGCGGAAGAAUACAGAACGAAUCGAACGAGAUGGCUGGAUGUUGGAUUAGGCAUUGGGAUAUGACAGCGGAUUGGUGUUUUUUAACGGAUGCAGCAUUGAGCAACAGAUUACAUGAAGUAUAGCGACAUACUAUAAGUAUCACAGCCUUUUUCACAAAAAGAGCAAAUGUACACAACGCCGAAACGACGCCGAGAAAGGUGCCGAAAGACAACGAAGACACCAUCACUCGUUUUGCUUCCACUCUUUUCAGCCUGGAAUUGACCGC